AUGGCAUCCGCCUCACCCGCUGUAUCCCGCUGCACCCUCAGCAACAAGGCCCAUCGAUACCGCAACCUCUCAGCACUUCUCUCCAUCCUAGACCGAUACUUCUCCUGGCCGCUUCCGCCAGGACCAAGCAUCGAAAUCGCCAUUCCCUCAAAAGUCAGCAAAGCCCCAGGCUCAAUCCAACUCUACUUCUUCACUGCACCUUCAAACCCCCUCUCACCACGCAAGCAAACCAAACCAUCCCCACCCCGCCCCGUCCUAAUCAACUUCCACGGCGGCGGCUUCACAAUCGGCCACGCUCUCGACGACGCCCGCUGGGCCGGAGCCGUGUUAAAAGCCUAUCCAGAUGCGGUAGUCGUAAGCAUCAAUUACCGCCUAGCCCCUGAGCAUCCCUUCCCCGUCGCGCUGGAGGACGGCGUGGACGCUAUACUAUGGCUAUGGCAAGAAGCGCAGAAAUACAACCUUGACAGAACGCGCUUUACAAUCAGUGGAUCCAGUGCAGGCGGGAACCUCGCUCUAGGAGUACCAUUCCGGCUGCGCGAGGAACUACAGAAAAAUCGCUGGGCGUCGAGCUGGGCGUCGAUACGCGGGGAGCUAGCUUUGGCUGGAUUGGUAGUAUUCUACCCUAGCACCGACUGGACACGAACGCGGAUAGAGCGUAAUGCGACAAAUCCUAUCGCUGCGGAAAAAUCCAUGAUCUCUCUUUCUUUGUUCAAGUUCUUUGAUGAUUCAUACCUUCUCCCUGCCGGACUGCCGAAACGGCCUGGUACGGAUAGGGUGGAUAUGUCUCAUCCUUAUCUUUCGCCUGGUUUGGCACCUGCAUCUUUGCUGUAUGAGGCUUAUCCGCCUUCUGUGGCGAUUUAUACUUGUGGGUGGGAUCAGUUGCUUGUUGAGGGGAAUACGUUCCGGGAAAAGCUAGGUAGGUUCGUUGAGGAAGGGAAGAUGGCGAGUGUAGGUGGGUAUGUAGUUGAGGACAUUGUUCAUGGCUUUGAUAAGAAGCCCUCUUUUUUCAAAGGGAAUGAAGUGCGUGAGAAGAUGUAUGGGGAUGCUGUUAACCAGUUGAAGGUGAUAUGGAAGGUGGAUUGA